GCUAAGAGUUUGUUUAGGAUACCAGGAUUUUGACAGUGAAAACUGUAUAAUCGUUCUCCUCGAGGUUAUUUUCUCUCUUUCCACAAGGUAUCUGAUGUCUGUGGGACGUGUAAAGUACGUCUGCGACCAAGAUAAGUCUGUUUUGGUGAACAAUUUUGAGAAACGCGGGUGGGUUCCUUGUGCUGAAGAUGAAGACUGGAAUUUUUAUUGGUAAUUCGCCCUUAAUCAUUUUUAGUAAGCUCUGUGUGAUUUAAAUGAAAAAAUGUAAGUUAAUUUUACAUUUAACUGGCACAUUCAAUCCUGUGUUCCUUCUUUUGUAGGGCUAGUGUGCAAACUGUAAGAGCUAUUUUUAAUGUGGAGACUGGAUACAGACUUGGAGAUGAGCAGUAAGGCAUUAGUAAUAGCUCAUUUUACUCGUUUUAGAGUACAUGUUUUUUCUCAUUAUUUUGAAUCUCACAGAAAAGCAAUGUUGCUGAAUAUAAUAACCCUUAUUAUCAUUCGAAGCAAAUUUUUCUUUCUUUUCAUUAGUCAAGAGCCCACUACGUGACCUGCAAAUAACUGCCUACAAAUAAUGGUCUGCUCAUGCGCAAUGCCGUCCAACUGUGUUUGGCUGCAAAUAAUAUUCUGCUCAUGCGUAAAGGAAACUGUGCUUUUCGCCUUCUUGCGAUCGCUCUUGCGUGAAAAUGGCAGAUCGCUUCGCUUCCCAAGGAUAUUCAUUAAAAAAACAAACUCGGUAAUCGAAUGAUAAAACAAUUAGUGAACUCGGUUAUUGCAAAAUAUUGUGAUUUGUCAUUGUCUCGCAGAUCAAUUAUUUGUCUCAGCCUUCCGCUUUGGCAAAUAAUUGAUCUGCUCGCCACAGAGAAAUCACGAUAUUUUGCUCAACCUCGUGUAAUAAUUAUUAAAUAUUUAGAAUGAUUUUCAUAACAAUCAAAACUGUUAUGAUGAUACACCUGCAGACAUUUUGAGGUCUGGGGGAGAAGGGAAAGGGGGGGUGGGGAGACCCUUGGCUACCCUGAUGCAUACCUUCUUCUUAUCCACUAAAUAAGAUCUUUCCCUGAAAGGUGUGUUUUCAAAGUUAUUAUAAGACAGUUGAAUCCCGAUAACUUGAACCAUGAAAGGGAAGUUGAAAAAGGUUCAAGGUCUUCGAGUUAUUGCUAAUUCAAAGCAAAUAACUGGAAAUAAAGAAAUAAUUUUUUCGGGCUUCAGUACACCAUUUUUUUCGGACUUGUCAUGCACUUGAAACAUAACUCAAGUUACCAAGGGUAAAAUUGUAUAGAAAUGAUCAGAGGGGAAACAAAAAUUACUUUGGGUUAGCAGGAGGUUUGAGUUAUUGGGGGUUCGAGUUACCCAAGGUAAAAUUACAGUGAAUGUAAAUCCUGGGAAAAAUGACUUUGGUUUGAGUUACUGUGAGGUUCGAGUUAGCGAGGGUUCAAUUUAUCAGGUGUCAACUGUACAGGCAGCCCAAACUCACAAUAACAUAUCGGUAUUGUAAUGUACAAAUAAUGUUUUACUCCUUGACAUUCGAUGGCUGUAAAAUGAUUCAGUGACCCACAAAUGUUCUUCAGGUAACUAGGCUACAACACUACCAUCUGUGCUACUGAUGGGAGCAACAUGACUGUGGACUAAAACUCUUGCUUCUUGCCGAACUAUCUGGUAUUGACCCAUGUGCAGUAGAAAAAAUAAAAUAUUAACUAUAUAAAAAAGUAAUUGUUGUCACACCAUCAAAACAAUGUGACCACUGAAUUUCGGUGGGUCUUUUAGAUUUGAGACUAUGACUUCUGUGCAAGUAAUCCACUCCCAUAGUCUUUUAGUACCUGAUAGGUGACACUAAGACUGUCAGACACAAAAUUAAGACCACACAGUCAGGUACCCCAAUACAGUCAAACCCCACUUUACAGACAGCCACUUAAUAUGGACACCUCAUUAUUAUGGACAGUUUGCUUUGUCCCUAGGGAAAGAAAGCCCUUGAGUUUUCUCUAAAUUCAACCCACUGAAUGCGGUCAUCCAUUAAUAUGGACACUUUCUAUGGCCCCCUCGGUGUCUGUAUUAAUUUGGUUUGACUGUAUGUUUUCCUACUCCGUUUUCUCACUUUACAAUCCCCAGAUGAGCAUAACCCAGUACACUAUAACUGCAAUCCCUGGAUGAGUAUAAUCUAGUACACCACAACUGCUGUACAGUUCAACUUGGCUAGAGAUAGUGACUUCUGUUCUUCUUCUGUUAUAAUUUAUAGAGUAAUCAAUCAUUUUCCUAACCACUAUGAGCUGACAAGAAAGGAUUUGAUGAUGAAAAAUAUCAAGAGAUAUCGCAAGGAAUUAGAUAAGGAGGGAAAUCCUCUGGCAGAGAAAGAUGAACUUGGUAGAUACAUUCAUCUAGGUAAAUAUUAUGUUUUUCUAAUUUUAUUUUAUUUCCAUUUUCCUACUAUGGUUUUCUUCCCCAUUUUUUACCAGGACUCUCAGACCAGGGAUUUUGCCUGUCCACCAUUGUACAUGUAGCUACUUUUAUAAGAAACAAACAAAAAAAUGAGCCAAAAGAACUUUCCAAAUGUUUAAUUAAUCCCUACCUGUUUAUAGCAAGAUUAAUGAAGGGUACACAGAAAUCACUGAUAAUGUCUGAAAAUACCGCUAAAUGUAGCACUGAAGGCCUUUGUAAUGUUAUAAUAUGUCAUGCAUUCAGUUCAGGACUACAAUGUAUUCAGACAGGACUUUGCUUAGACUAAAGUCUUGAGAUUCAGAACUUGCUUUUUGUGCCAUUUAUUUGAACAGAAUCUUCACAGCCUGGUUGUAUUUUGAGUGUUCUGUAGAUCUUUUUAGUUCCCUUUCAUUGUUUGAAGAUAUCAUACAUAAUGUAAUGUUAUAUAUUUCCCUUAUUUUUGUAGAUUUUAUUCCUGUCACAUUCAUCCUGCCAGCAGACUAUAAUUUAUUUGUUGAGGAAUUUAGAAAAAAUCCAGCCAGUACAUGGAUAAUGAAACCAACCAAUAAAUGUAAGUUUUUCUGCAUGUUAAGAGUGUUUUCAUUUUUGCAGAGAUGAAAAAUUGCAUGGUGAUUCAGUCAGAUUCCAUUGUGCUCAUUAUCAGAUCAAAUUUUCAGAGAGUUAUUUUUAAUCAAUAUUUGCUACCAGUCUGCACGUAUGAUUUGAACUGAUUUCCACACUUAAUGUUUUCUUAAUCAAGUCAUGGAUAAGUCAUAUAACUUUUUUGAGUCUCAGUAAAAUGUGAAUUUCUUAAUAAAAAUUAAUGUAAGCUUUUGUCAUGGCAAAUCACACUUAUUGAAAUGUUACUGUGUUUUCAAUAGACAUUAAAACAUAACUAAGGAGCUAGAAAUCACAAACACUGCAACCAAAUUGGUUGAAACUUCCUUUUCAUUCCUAGCUCAAGGCAAAGGAAUUUUUCUGAUCAAUAGACUGUCACAGCUGAAGAAAUGGUCUAAAGACAGCAGAGGAACACCGUAAGAUUUAACAAUUUAAUAGACUUUCAUCUAAAAAGCUUUAGGCUAUGUUCACCCAGUCUAUACUGGAUAUCUUUUCGUGCUGCCAUGAAAAGCUGUCUGGUAGACCAUGAACACCUAUGUGAUAUGUGACUCUCUGCUUUAGAGAUUGGCGUGACACAGCUUUGCUCUGUCACAGAAAUCAUGCCAAAACAGUUCCAGUUUUGUGUGUCAACAGAAGCCCUAUGUGGUAUGGUUUUUAUGGCAGGGCAAAUAAAAAGCUGUCUGAUAUAGUGUGAACAAAGCCUUAAUUUUCAGUUAUAAGACAAUCAAAGAAUAAACAUAAAGAACUGAUGAACUUUGAGUACUUUAGUUGAACUUUAUACUGCUUGCAUGCACUUAAAAUAAUAUCUUGGCCUUAAAUUUAUGGUUAACCAGGGGGUGGUUAACUGGUUAGUGUAGUGCAGUCUGCACUUGGAUGUUCUUGAUGAGCAAGGCUUAGGGCAGGAGUGUUUUUUUGCCUGACGAGUCUUUAUGAGUGGGUGGUCUUUUAUUAAUGGAGUGCGAUGGAGGAGGGGGGACUUGGUGUGGUCGAAUUUAAGUGACUUGGGAAUGAAGUUAGCCGAGGUUAUGAUGUUGAGAGCUUUUAGCUUAUUGGUUGUCAUGUUUCUUUCUGGGUCACCUUGGAUGGAGUUUUCAGCUGGCUAAUUGUGGGUUGCUGUGGGUCAUUUUAGUGGAUCUGAGUUUUUAAAUGUCAAUUUAUGGUAAGCUUUUCCUUAGUAAAAUAUUGUCUCUCACAAAUAUUAAGAUGACUGGAAAAAAUCCCAAACCUAAAGACCACAACAGACUGAGAAUCUUGUUUUGGGAACUUAAAAUUCAAAUAUUACAGGAAAAGCUUUGCUUGCUUGCUAAAAGUGCACUAAAAUACCAAGCCUCAGUCUGAUAAUAUCAAAAAUGAAGCAAUAGUCUACAUGCUAGCGUGGUGUAUUCUCAGUAGUCUUAUGACUCUCUUACAAUAUAUUGCUCAAUUCUGAAAUAGGACGACUCCUAUACAAUUUACAACUGCUUGCUCCCAGCCCAGACCUCUCCAUUAUUAGAGUCUAAAUUCAUAUUAAUGAGAUCAACAUUCACUAUAACUACAGGAGAUGUGUACCUUUCAAUGUUUUAAUGUAUGUUAUGAUGUGAUUUAAUAUAGCCUUGUUCAUCCCAGUACAAAGGAUGCCUAUGUUAUAUCAAGAUACAUUGAUAAUCCUCUGCUCAUUGGUGGCAAAAAGUUUGACCUGCGUAUUUAUGUCUUGGUGACAUCCUAUAGGCCUCUUAAGUGCUACUUGUAAGUAACACAGUUUGGUUUGUUUGAAUCACAGCACUUACCACUCAUCUCUGUGAUAAUGUUGACAUCUGCUUUAAAUGGUUUCUGUUUAAUAAUGAUUUUUAUAUAUGUGUCUAAGUUUAAGUUUGGUGGCAUGGAAACAGUAUGGAAAAAAUUUAAUGUUUGCUGAUUUUUAUGUAUAUUUUCCUGUUUUAAGUUAAUCUCUGGAAACUCUGGUGAAUGGUGAAAAUUGCCCUUUAGUCAUUAUGGAAUCACCAACUACUCACAGUAGAUAAUAAAAAUAAUUUAAGUAGGAUAAUACAUCUGUCCUAUUUAUUUCUUAUCACUUUGGUUAAGCAAGAACAAGCAUAUGAUCUAAAUUAAAGAAAAUGUGAGUAAAUUAAGGUGUAAUCCUCAAGUCUAAAAUUUUUUCAGUCCUGCUCUUCCUCCUUAAAUAUUUAAAAUUUUCCUGGUUGAGGCUAUAAACGGAAUAGGGGUGACUACCCUCCCCUACGUAAUCCUGUAUGCUGCUGUGUCACAUCAAAGAGAGGCCAAGAGAGUGAAUUGUUGCCUAUUAAUUUGCAUUCUAUGCAUCAGCAAUUUUCUCCUUACAUAAUUUUAAAAUUGCUGGGUCAAAAGCCAGGGAACUUUUCUGUGAUACUGUCCCUCGAGUUUUCCAGGAAAAUGAAUGACAGUCUAUUCUAGUGUGGCUAACAUUUAAUGCUGUUCAGUGUUGUAACUCUCCAUACCAGCUAGGUGACAGUUUCUCAAGAAAAGUGCAAAUUUGUAGGACACUAAUUAACAACAUACCUGGCUUGCCAAUAAUGCUGCAGACACCACUUUUAUAGCUUGUCUAAUACUUGCAUGGUUACAUCUUUCAGGUACAAACUUGGAUUUUGCAGGUUUUGCACAGUGCAGUAUAAUGCAAGUCUUAAUGAACUAGAUAACAUGUUUGUGCACCUCACAAAUGUGGCUAUUCAAAAGUAUGGGGUAAGAAAGGUUGCUGGUAAAUCUUGAGUCUUGAAAGAAAGAAGAUCAUAAUUUUGUUGCUUCUUCACUUUUCUUUUCUUCUUCUUUUUUUGUAGGAGGAGUAUAAUCCUAUUCAUGGUGGAAAGUGGACUGUUAAAAACUUACAGUUUUAUCUUGAAGGAACCAGGGGAAAAGAGGCAAGUAAUGUUUGAGAUUUAUUUACAUUACCAGGUACGUGAAGGAUGAAAGAAAAUAAUUAAAACGUGUUAGUAUUCCUCUACAUAAAGCCUGUGCAACAGACAAAACUAGACCUCUGGUUAUGUCCAUUUGACUGCGUGCAGUGCCAAAAUCCUCGUUCUGAGCCUCCAGCUGUGUACCCAAAUUUGAGUACCUGCCAUGGUUGGCUUGCUAAAAAUGCCAUUACCGAUUUGCCAGUCAGGUUAAAGGGAGAUUUGAUACACACUCCCCGGUAAUUCAUUGAGUCCAUUGAACAAGGAUCACAGCGCUGCUUUGCAUACAUCACUAGCGGGUGUUACCAAUACCAGCUACCCUACAUAUGGAGUUUAUUAUUUACUGUGUAGGAUUGUGAAUGUUACACCUGGCUCCAGGUAUUCAAAAGGUGGAUAACACUAUCUACUGGAUAAGCUUCUAUCCAGUGGAUAGCGCAAUUGGUUUCCCUACUACUUAUCCACUGGAUAGUGAUUUAUCUGGUGGAUAGUGCUAUCCAACGUUUGAACAACUAGGGCCAGGCUACAGGUGUAUGUACACUACUAUAAUAUCGUGCCACUGGAUUAUUUGUCAAAAAUCACCCAUCUACAGCUGUAAGGCCAGGUACAGUUCUCACAUAGUUAGCAAAAAACUUUUAAGAUAAGAUAGACUUCGUUUGGGCACAACCUUAAACACAAUAGAAACAUACUUUCACUUUGGUGUGAGUUUGUCUCGUUUGUAUCACGUGAAGUCUUUGGGUCGGUUAUGUAAAUAAAGUCUAACUUAGGCCGCGGUUGAAGAAAUCAUUGGACCUUCAGAUCUCUUCUUUAGUGGGUUAAUUUAAGAAAAUAGGUGCUUUUUGAUUCUUAUUUAUUAUUAAAUUUUUCUCGAUAAAUGCUGUUUAGAUGAAAGGGUGUAGCAAACUGAAAAUGGUUUAGAACGCAGUUUUGUUAAACACAGGCUAAACUCCGUUUAAACAACUGGCCCAAAAUUUUACAAUAAACUGAUAACCGUAAUGAUCUAGUAUACACGCUCUGGGCAUCUAUUUCAUUUUAGGGGUCCAAGAGGGGUAGCCUGUGUACAGACGUCCCCCUCUCCUCAGGAAAAAUCGUCUCCUCUCCCGAUUUUUCCUGAGGGAGGGGGGACGUCUGAACACAGGCUACAAGAGGGGGCGCUUUAGAGAUAGGAGGCGUUUAAAACAGAGAGGCGUUUAUUCUCGUACAUAUAACUGUAAAAAGCACAACAUUCUUUCGGCAAAAAUAUCAGGAGAGUUAGAAAAUAGCAGGAUAUCUAGUUUAUCUAUUGAUACAUGUACGUCUAGGCCGCCUAGAGAUCCACAACGCUUCUUCAAAUCUCAAUGACAUUGAUGUCAGGAUCUUCGUUCAGGGUCAUUGUUUUCCAUCGUUAGUCUAUUCUUAUCUUGAACAAGAUGUGAUACCCAAACCCUUGUUAAUCAAGCAAGAAACUACAUAAAUGGAAGAAUUUUGGUCCAUUUUUCUAAUUCCUAGUGUAUUUUGAAGUAAUUUUCAUAGGGGGCGUCUAUUAGGCAUGGGGCGUUCAUUAGAGAGGGGCAUCUGAUACAACUUAACAUUGUAGAGGGAGCGUUUAUUAGAUAAGGGGUGUUUAUUUGAGAGCGGACGUCUACUAGAUCAUUUACAGUAGUAAGGUAAGGUGCAAGUUUCAUAUUAAACACGUAUUUAUAUAUAUUCUUUUUAGGUGACAGACAAGUUGUUUGAUGAUAUAAACUGGUGCAUUGUUCAUUCACUGAAGGCUGUGCAGGUUAAUGACUAGCAUAUUUGUCUUAAAUAAACAUUUUCACCUAGUGUGGUGGAGGUAGGAAAAUCCCAUGUGAAAGGUGCACAGUUGUUCUUUGGAAAUAAAAGGCCAAAAGAGGCUAAUGUGGGUGUGACUUAGAAGUUUUUGGCCUAUGAGUUACCACUUGGAGUGCUUACUAUCUGAAUGGAUUUUUUGGUGGAUUCAAUGGUUUUGGACAAUUGGAACUGCACUUUUUGCUCACCAAGAAAAAAGAAAGGGAUUGAGCCGUAUCAUUUGAUCGGAAGAUUCGGUUGCACUUGAAAGCAAAAGCAAAAGAAAAAUCAAGUACCGACGACAAAAACUGAAAUCUUUUUUAACUAGAAGGCUACAGUUGUGUUGUAAGAAUUCUGUUAACAUCAAUGACGACAAUAAACCAGCUCAGGGUCGCGUCAUAAACGGUUUGGAAAACUGUAUUAGUCUAACGAUUCAACUUUUAAAAUCCGCCAUCUUGGGCACCUCUGUCUAUCCGGAAUAGACCUUGUCACGGUUUUCGACGCCAUCUUGACGAGUAGGCAAACGUGUGAGAAAUUAUAGUGUUUGUAUGCGAAUCUAAUGUCGAAUAAUUUCCGUAAAACCGGUGUUCUGAAAAAAAUAUCAAUUGUAAACUAAAACUACAAAGCAAAGGAUUGUCCUAAAAAAAAUUGGGGGCGUAUCUGUGCUUAAAUUUCUCCAGAGGCCCGCUUUAGAUUUUCCAUAUAUUUGUCUGUAAUUUUCCCGGAACUUUCUUACAGAUAAAUGUAUAGAAAAUUUUAAAAAGUGGUUCUAGGUCUUCUAGUGCAUGUAACGCCCUCAAUUUUUUUCUGGAGAAUCCUUAGAAGUGAAGCUUUAGUUUACAAAUCAUAUCUUUUUCAGAACAGCCGUUCUACAGAAAUUAUUCGACAUUAGAUUCUCAUACAAUCACUGUAAUUUCUCACGCGUUUGCCUACUCGUCAAGAUGGUGUCGAAAACCGUGACAAGGUCUAUAGCCUGGUACUGCUAAUUGAGGAAAAAAGGUACAGAAAUUUCGGGAAUUCCGGUAGAAGCGAGAAAAAGGCAGUACCUCAGAUGGUUUGAACAUGUUUGGUAGUGGAUGAACCAUUCGGGUUGAAUUCUCCUCGGAAUUCAGGGGAGAAUUCAAACCGAACGGUUCAUCCACAACCAAAAAUAUUCAUACCAUUCCUUAACAUCCCAAGUGAGACCAAAAUCCCAGAUCCUCUUUUAGAAGUUCAAAACAGUAAUAUUGAAUGUUCGUUCUUUAGAAUGUCAUAGCAAAUGACAGACACUGCUUUGAAUGUUAUGGGUAAGUACUAUACUAUAUUUGGGAACAAGUUUCCCAUGUUUUCAAAUGCAUGAAUAAAGAUACACUAGACAUAGAAAAUUUGUCUACUGUCUGUAAUCAUGAUAAGUCAAGAAAUGAUAGUUUAUGUGCUUUAUAAUGUGGUCAGGAUUCACGUUUUUUUUUGGCAGAAAAAGUCCUGCGUGCCUUCUGUAUCAGUCCAUGCUUUCGAUGUUUUCAGUGCGAACACAAAAUUAAUAAACAGUCGCGUGGCACCUAUUCAUUGCAGAGCAAAUGACCAAGACGUGUGCAUAGCCAAAAGUUUGCGUAGAGAUUUGCAGCUUUUUGUUCUUCUUCUUCUUUUUUUUCCUUAAAUUUGCCGGUGACAAAAGAACCAAAGGAUGUUAUCUUUUAUAUAUCGCUUUUUGUUUGCAGAUAUGACAUCAUUAUUGACGACAAUCUCAAACCUUGGCUGAUUGAGGUGGGCAGCUGUCUGAUUGAGUGGAUAGUUAAUGUAACUUUAACAGUCCGGUCUAUUUUAUCCUUUUAUUCAGUGGCUUCCCUUUAUCCCUUCUCAGUUUCCUUCCUUGCAAUUUUAAAUCUACGUUUUGCGAAGUAUUUGAGACAACGCACAUAGCAGUAAAAAUAUUACUGCACGCAAAUUUGGCUGUAAAAUUCUUUAAGGAGAAAGUGGCCCGCCUUCGAAAGAGCGCUUUUGUUAAAAAUCACACCUCUGAUCGCUCCCCAAGACUGAACAAUGCCUCGCGCUAAAGAACUUGGCACUGUGAGUACAUGUCGCGAAAGACAACAGCAUGCUGGCCGAUUUUGUAAUAACGAACUAACCACAACUGACAGUGUGUCUAACGGUUGAUAGACCACGAGUAGUCCCCCAUUUUUCCUCAGGGAUAGUAGAGCGCGCGUGAAAAUCACCCCACGCGAGAAAAUGCGACACGCGGCGGGCAGAGAGAAAAAUGAGGGACUACAGAAAAAGCCCAAGCCCAUUUUUCUCUCUCCCCACCGCCUGUCGCCUUUUCUCGCGUGGGGUGAUUUUCAUGCGCGCUCACGUUUCGCUCGCUCGACUAUCCCUGAGGAAAACUGUGGGACUACUCGUAGUCUAAACGGUUGACGCUAGACACAUUAGUUUCUCUUAAUCAAAUCCACCAAUCAUCUGAGAAGAGUAUAAAAAACCUUGUUCUCCAAUUGACAUUGCUCACAUCACUUCAACUUUUUUCAAUACUUUCAACUCAGAUUCAAAGCGUUUUGUCAGUCCUUACGCAAGGCCCCUUCGACUGUGUACUGCUCCAUGUCCAUAUAUUUAACACGAAACGAUUACCCUUGUCAAAUUUGACAACUAAGUCCCAUGAGCACUGAAGCUUUCUGAAACGUGCAACAUCACUAUUGACCGACAUUGUACCACAUUCAAUACAACCAGUCAUGAAAGGACACAAGCUUUGAUUAGUCAUUACUCAUGAGUCAGUGUUAACUUACGUUUGGAUUGGUGUUUGUUGUCAGGUGAACGCAUCACCAUCGCUAACGUCAACCACAUCUGCCGACAGGAUUAUGAAAUACAAUCUCAUACAUGAUACCCUGAGCAUUGUUGUCCCCAAUGGAGAGAUACCAGAGUGAGUACAGUCGAAUCUCCACUAACAUACCCCCCCCCUUCCCGCAAACGGACACUUAGCUGCGGUCCCUGCAAGUUUACCACUUACAUUUUGUAAACACUGACAGAUGGAGACUUCUCCUGUCAGUUACGAACGUCGUUUCCAGGCCGGGUCUGCACGCUACGAAAACGUCGUCGGUUUCAUUCUAUAUUUGCACACCAGGGAGAUUCUAACAAGAAAAUGGUACCGUCUUGUAUUAGACCAACUGUUGUCCCCUUUCCUGGCAAUUAUAACAUGAAACGUCUUGAAUGAUUUGUUUUACUAAUACUAAGCUAGUCGCUCUGUGCAGUUUUUAUUCAGUACUUAAGUAAGUUAGUAGUGUCUGGUUAUAAAGUGAAGAAAGUAAUUGUUGCGGACAUUUAGUUACCAGGCUUAAGUAUCUGUCUUACAGAAUCUUACAAAUGCAAUGCUUAUGGCAGUUUUCACGCUAGAGAUAGAUUAUCCGUCUCAGGCGGGUAACCCGUCUUCAAAAUCCGUCAAAAUUAACUGAAAUACAUAUAGAUAAUCUCAAAUAGAUUAUUGGACCAAAAUUAAACCGUUCCGUUUUCAUAUUACAGCGGACUGUCCGUUUGACGGAUAAUCCGUCUGUAUGUGUGUGAAAACGGCCAAUGAGACAAAUUGUUACGGUCACAGUUUGGUGUCCGCACACUGGAGGUGUCUGCUCCCGAUUCACUUCCGACAAAUUAAUGCAACUAAGUGGAACUGACCUUUUGUGAAGGUUGCGUUGGAAGAAGCUUUUUAAGGCCUGUAAAGACGUACAGCCAAAGAUUUCGCGGUGUUUGUAAUGUUGUAGUAGUACUGAGCAAUUUGAGCGUUGGACGACUUAUCGGACAACCUGCUUUUUCACAUUUCAGUGUUAGAUGGAAUAAGUUGCCUUCAAAAGACGCUCUUGGAAGUUUCGAGGUUUUGUAAGUAAAGUAACUUGAAUGUAAUUUUCUCCUCUCCAAAACCUUUAAGACGGAAUCCAUAAGGAAAUUGAGUAAUUUUAAUUUUCAGUGGACAAAAACCUUGUACCAGAGUAUUUUAAGCCAUAUCGCAUUCUUUUUUACGCUUUUCAAGGGCUAUAAAUGUAAUAAGUUAUAUGAAAUAACUCCAAAGAAAAGGUUCUUAUGGGAGCCCGAGAAAAUAAAUUUCAAAUUUCACAGGAAUUGAGAAAACACGGUAAAAUCGUCAUGCGUAACAUUUCAUUUUGUGAAAUUUGAAGCUUUUUCUUUUCUGGGGCUCCCAUAAGAACCUUUUGUUUGGAGUUAUUUCAUAUAACUUAUUACAUUUAUAGCCCUCGAAAAGUGUAAAAAAAGAAAUGCAAUAUGAUUGAAAUUAUUCUGGUACAAGGUUUUUAUCCAUUGGUAAUUAAAAUUACUCAGUUUCCUCGUGGAUUCCGUCUUAACUUUAAUUAACUGGGCUGCCUCAAGGUACGCCCAGUUCGUAAAUUUAGUUUCAGAAUUUUUCGGUCUCUUACGAUAAAAAAGUGAACACUUUUAAGAAUUAUCAACCCAGUAACCCAGAGAGUGUUGCCUGAUCCAUAAAGCAUGUUUGUCCAUCUUUGCAGAGUCCGUUUGAAGAUUGAUUUCUUUCUGUAUCAACAAACGCCGUUUUAAAGUUUAUCUCAUAGCGUUAUUGGCGAUGAGGGUAAAAGACGGAAUGAGUUUGCGGAAUGGCAUGUGGCAUGGCUUGCAGAAUGACAUAGUUAUGCAGAAUGUAAUAUAUGCAGAAUGACUCAAAGAAAUAAAUUAAACUGAAAAUUGCGUCUUUUUUGACGCCAAUCAAUGCACAAGCAGCCGCUUUUUUUAAAUUGCGGGGUAAACGGCUGUUUAGCAGGCUAGGCUCGACUACGACGACAAUAAAAUAGCCGCGAAGGACUCCUUGAUCAUCUCUCACGGUCCAUUAGCUGUUUUUGCACAGCCACAAAAAUUCUACUUGCCUUUAUAGUCGGGCUGCAUGGCAGCACCGAUACUACAUCACGAAAGUCGGUCAUUGAAGAAAAAAAUUUUGGAAGGUCACGCUCCCUUCUUCUUUAAAUUUAAUUUUUUCUGCAAAAGAUAUUUGCACGAUUAACUUCACUUUUUUAUUUUUAUUUGCUUCUGAAACCGUAUGAGAAGUGUUUCUUUUUCAGACGGUGGGUCGCGUGAUCGUGACAUGAUAUUCGGCAAUCGAAUGUAUCUUGUUUUCUUGAGGCUGCGUCGUGAAGUUUCAGGCACGUGAAGCUAACAGCUGGCGGAGAAGCGCCAGCUCGAAUCCUGGCAAUUGAGUUUGUGUGCUUUUUCUCUUUCUCUCUUUCUUUCUUUCUUUCUUUCUUUCUUUCUUUCUUUCUUUCUUUCUUUCUUUUUCUCUUGCUCUCUUUCUUUUCUUUUCUUUUUUUCCCACCUACUUUUAGCAUUUUUUCACGAUCAAACGCACACACUCACACAAACAAGGGAGUAGACUUUCAAAAAGGUCUUUCGUCCGAUUUAAUAUGGCGCGGGACGAAAAGCUCGCUAAGGACCUCGUGAGGUCGACUUGUAGCAAGUCUAACAAGGGAGGCGGAAAGGCCGAAAGUAGACAGAUAUAUGGCAGCUUGCUUCACUCGAUUUGUGGAUUACAGAUUAAUGUUUGACUCGGGGCGUUCAUUUAGUCUCGAAUAUGAUCUGAUUCGUUCACCUUAUUCAGGAGCCCAUAACCCUCCUGCCGUAUUAAAAAUCCCUCGAAUUUUAGCUAGCCCGACUUCACGUUCAGCGAGCGUACUUUACCUUCUAGCGUUGCGCUAAAGAUUGACCCUUGAUUUGAGUUUAGCCAAGAUGUACAGGUUAUAUACCCCGGAAAGCCCAGACAGAUUUUCGACACAGUACGUCUGCACGUAUUUACGAGGCUUAUUUGUUUAUUUCAUUUGGGACUACCGAGUAUGCCAUUUCAAAGAGCCUCGUUCCCAGCGUCCUCUCUCUUGCUCCUUUUCGCUUUUAACCUUGUCCGCCGUUACGCUGUUUUUCCAUGUAAUGAGGAGAGUUAAAACUCAAUAGAAGACUGGUUGAACUUGACAUGUUUUCGUACUUUAACUGCGCUUCACUGGAAAAGAUACGUGAGUAAAGAACCGUUUCAGUUUAUUUUAGACUGAUCAAGUAAUGGGUGUAUCAGCUGUGUUUCAAUUUUAGCCUUGCUUUGAUAACAGUAACAAAUGGACCGGCAAAGCGAGUUCUCCUUCAAAUUGGGGCAAAAAAAGCCGCGACAGAGACGCGCGCAUACUUUCCUGUUUAAUCUAUUUCUUUGCGCCAUUUUUCAUAAAUUAAAUUCCGCAUAAUUAUGUCAUUCCGGGUGCCAUGCCACAUGCCAUUCUGCAAACUCAUUCCGCCUUUUACCCUCACCGCCUUAUUGGUUAAUGUGGGUCGGAUCUGUUAUGAUGAAAAACCAUCACCAUAGCUGGUUAGAUAUUCUGUGAAAAUGACUUUCGUCUGGUGGUCACCUUGUUUUCCGUAAGUGUACUUCCUUUUUAUUUUGCGUUUCUCUAUCAGGUAUGAUGAAGAGCUGGCCGGUCAAGAUACAGGAGAAAGGGACUCCAGAUCAAGAACGGGGCAGGUCACAACAUCUCGGCCCGGUAAAGAUAGUAAAACCAAACAGGCCACAUGGAAAUAGUAUUUAUCCGACUGACAUGUCAGUUUGGACAGCACUCAAGGUCAGAACUCGGACGGUGACAAUCUCCUUCCCAUGGCGGAUAAUCCCUGGGAAUGGGACUGGGACGGCGAGUCCUUUCUUCAUUGUUGGCGAGACAAGCUAAUGUUUCUACGUUGCCGGUAGCCUGUGUACUUCCCCCUCCUCCCCGAUCUUUUUUUUUUUUGAGGGGAGGAGGCGGUACCUGUUUAUCGAUGUAUCACAACGAACAUGCUGUUUUUCUGUAGCGUGUUCAAGGGCCUCAACCCACUUUUUUUUUUCUCGUCUCGACUAACUGAGAGCCUUGAACUGGCAAUUUUUUCCGAUGAAAACGCUGCUGAACAAUUUCAGUGACUGCUCAAGCUACCAAGCCUUAAAUGCCAUUGUGAUUAAUUGAUUGACCUGAAAAAACUGUUAAAAACUUGUUUCACUGUGAUCGUAACGGAAAGGGAGGGCACUUUCUCUGUAAAUAAAAAGAUUUUUGUUCAU